AUGCUUUCAAAACUCAUCAUCCUUUCGUGCCUGGUGGCGGUGGCCAUCUGCGAGUCGAAGCUGAAGGUGGAUGUUGUGAGCGUGCCCGAGGGCUGCACGACCAAAUCAAAGAACGGUGACAUGCUGACGAUGCACUACACCGGCAAGCUGACCGAUGGUACCAAAUUCGACUCCAGCUUCGACCGUGACCAGCCUUUCACCUUCCAGCUCGGAGCCGGUCAGGUUAUUAAAGGAUGGGACCAGGGUCUGACAGACAUGUGCGUCGGUGAGAAGCGUGUGCUGACCAUCCCGCCAGAGCUCGGCUAUGGUGACCGGGGAGCCGGAAACGUUAUUCCCGGCGGUGCGACCCUCGUGUUUGACGUCGAGCUGAUCAACAUCGGCGAUUCGCCCCCAACCACGAACGUGUUCAAGGAGAUCGACGAAAACAAGGACAUGCAGCUGAGCCGCGAGGAGGUGAGCGAGUACCUGAAGAAGCAGAUGGUCGCCGCCGACGGUGGCCAGGAGUCGGAGGACAUCAAGAACAUGAUCGCCGAACACGACAAGCUGGUGGAGGAAAUCUUCCAGCACGAGGACAAGGACAAGAACGGCUACAUCUCGCACGACGAGUUUUCGGGUCCGAAGCAUGACGAGCUGUAAGACUGGCCGGCA